AUGAAAUACUAUAUUUUCGGCAUUCUUUUAAUACACAACUUCUUCGCAAGUGACGCUAGGAUAUUCGAUCGUUGCUCGCUGGCUCGUGAGCUUUCGCGUUUGGGUGUACCGCGUGGGGAUAUACCCGCUUGGGUUUGCAUCGCUCAAUAUGAGAGCACCUUCAAUAGCGCGGCAAUUGGUCCACCCAAUUCGGAUGGGUCACGCGAUUGGGGUAUCUUUCAAAUAAACGAUCGUUUCUGGUGCGAUCCACAGGACGGACGUCAAACGUCGAAUGUUUGCCGUACGCCAUGCCGCGCUUUGACCGCAGAUGAUAUUAGUUUAUCGGUACGUUGUGCAGGUCAAAUACGAAAUGCUCAAGGUUUUGGCGCUUGGACGGUGUGGAAUAGACAAUGUGCUGGUGGCAGGGCGUUGCCAAAUAUAAAUGAUUGUUUGUAAGACGGUAAUGAUUAAUAAA